UAAGUGCCAUGGGAUCUUUAGUGACCUCAGUUAGUCAGGACACUUGUUUAACGUCCCAUCCGAAAGAUGGCACCCUACACAGGGCAGGGGCAUUGGGAUAUUUUUUUUAGAUAAGAGGAAAGAGUGCCUCGUACUGGCCCUCCAGCAGAAUCUGGUCUUCCAUCCAAAGAGCAGCCAGGACCAACCCUGCUGAGCUUCAGAGGCAAGCCAGCAGUGGUAUGCAGGGUGGUAUGCUGCUAGCAAAAAAUGGGGAACAUCUGCCAAUAAAGACAGGGCCUUGAAGCAACACAAACCACAUGCUGGGCCAAAGCCAACACCCCUGAAAUGAGGCACUUGGUGCAGCAGGAAGUCAGGCAAAUGGAGGAACAGAGCAGUGAGGUUGGGAGCCUGGAGUUUCUUGGGAUGAGCUGUGGAGGAUGGAACCUGCCAGAAUCCAGUUCCCUUUAAGAUCUGUCUAUGAUGUGCUCCCAUCCCUCACUAACUUACACAGGUGGGGCCUCACUGAAAACCCAAACACCCCUCUCUGCAACAAACCUGGUACCAUGGAGAAUGUUUUAACAUGGUGCACUGUUGUCCUCUCCCUUGGCAAAUUCAGAUGGAGGCAUGACCAAGUUUUGAGGGAACUGGCCAUGAUCCUUGAGGAAUCAACAAAGGAAAAGUGCAAUCAUUCUCUGUGCUAUCGGUCAUGAAAGAGUAUCAGAACGGCACUGAAAACCCUGAUCCACAUGUGUUCUCCUGAAGGUCAUAUUUAACAAGCAUGGUAGUCUAUAACUAGUUUAUAUGACACCAUUUUUUUUGUGAAUCUAAUUAAAUAUUCAGCUCAGGGCGUACCUACCAGAUCUAUAUCCCUGGUGCAUUGUACAAUUAUAUGGUACCGUUGUCCUGUGGUCCAAUUCGCUGUAGCAGAGUGUGCGUGUGUGUGUGUUGUGUUCCCUGAGCUCUGGUUAAUAAGAGCUAAAACACUGGCCUGCAGGUCUGGAAGGAUGACUCAAUAGAACAGCACACCUGACCUGCCAUUCACACAGCAGAUCACACAGGGUUACACACAUGCAGUAUAGCCAUGUUGGCCAGAUAUAGUCAAUAAUCUGCUGGCAUAAUUUAACUGUAAAAGGGGACCAGAGCAUUUACUAAUUGUAUCUUUCAUAUUGCCUACAGUAAUUGUGUUUUUUUUAAAUACGUGGCUGCUUUGAUAAAUGUCUCAUUAACUUUGAGACGUUGCUUAGGUAGGCUAUUGAUCAUUUCAGACAUAGGGAUUUCUCUUUAGUCUUGACCCUCUGGGUGAUCAAUUAGAGGCAUGGACAUGAUGCCUCAGGGAUAAGAAUGUGUACUAUAAUGAUCAGCCCGAGGCCAUCCAAAGUGAAAAUUGCUAUAUUACUGUAACUGCAAUGUGAGUUCACCCAGUGUUAACAUAAUUUUUUCUAGAUUGAUCUUUUUCAAAUUGUCAUAUUUUGUGCAUCUUUUACAUGCACUACAAUGAUAGCCCUACACCAAUUUUAAAGUGAUUGUUCCAUUUUCAGCUCAAAAUAUUCAGCUUAAAGUUCCGCCCCUUUAAAAAAAUUUUUUGCCUAAAAUGACAUACCCAAAUUUAACUGCCUGUAGCUCAGGCCCUAAAGCAAGGAUAUGCAUAUUCUUAAUACCAUUUCAAAUGAAACACUUUGAAGUUUGUGGAAAUGUGAAAGGAAUGUAGGAGAAGAUAACACAUUUGAUCUGGUAAAAGAUAAUACAAAGAAAAAACCAACCAUUUAAAAAAAAAAAUGGUACCAUCUUUGAAAUGCAAGAGAAAGGCCAUAAUAUAUUAUUCCAGCCCAGUUGCAAUUUAAAUUUUGUCCACUAAAUGUAUUUAUCUGUUAUUUUACCAGGUAAGUUGACUGAGAACACGUUCUCAUUUACAGCAAUGACCUGGGGAAUAGUUACAGGGGAGAGGAGAUGGCAGCAGUGGCUGUGCAAAGUUUUAGACUGCUCCAAUAAACCAUUGCAUUUCUAUUCAAAACGUUGCAUCACGACUACCCAAAUGUGCCUAAUUGGUUUAUUAAUAACUUUUCAAGUUCAAAACUAUGCACACUCCUCAAACAAUAGCAUGGUAUUAUUUCACUAAUAGCUACUGUAAAUUGGACAGUCCAGUUAGAUUAACACGAAUUGAAGCUUUCUGCCAAUAUCAGAUAUGUCUAUGUCCUGGGAAAUGUUCUUGUUACGUGGACGGAACACCGAUCCUGAAUUAAUAUAUUCAAAAGCCCUUGCUUGUAUAGUGUCUUGUGCAUCAAUUCAGUUAAUCUUCACUGCCUGCGGAAUAUUUAAUCCUUAAAUAAGACAAUGGUGAACAAAGAGAGAAUAAUUAAAUGUCUCUUCAUCCCUUUUCAAACAUUCACUGAUUAAUUACGUGUUUAACCUUAGAUGAAUAAUAGCCUGGAUUCUGCUGCUUUAAUUUCACUCUGUUUUCGUGACAAUAAAAUAGAGUAUGCUUGACCUUUGAACAUAAUGGAUUAUUGACAGUAUUCUAAAACACAGAUCCACAACGUCUUAAAAGCCACUAGUGCCUUUGCAUAAAUAUUUUCAUUGAUGGAUAGUGAUAAGAUCACUCCACGUCGCAGUCCCUCUUCUAAAAGUGUAGGCUACAUAUCCUAGCUACCGCCCUCCAUGUAACCGCCCUCCAACUCUUUAUUGCUCUGCGCAUCCUAGCCAAGCGCGCGAGUCCGAAAGCAAUUCAAGAUGAUGUCAAUGGAGAGGCACACCCUCGUUCCGAAUCCAGAGACAGAGCGAGAGAGCGCGCAGUGUAAGGGCACAGCUGCGUGUGUCCGCCUGCGCUCUUGGAUCUUUUUGGAGAUGUCUGAGUUUAACCACUCAAAUCUAUCAGGCGGAAACGCUCCGGACCCGGACUACAAGUGGACGUAUGAAUAUUACGACGAUGAUGAGCCUGUUUCGUUCGAGGGACUCAAAGCGCACCGAUACUCCAUCGUGAUAGGCUUCUGGGUGGGCCUGGCUGUCUUUGUCAUAUUCAUGUUCUUUGUCCUGACGCUUCUCACCAAGACAGGAGCCCCACAUCCAGAAGGAGCUGAGCCCUGUAAGAAGCGUGUUCGUCUGACCAGCUGUGUGGAGGACCUCCGCCCCCCUGCAGACCCUGACAACCGGCCCUGCCUCCAUCGCCCCUUACUGGACUCCUCUCUCAGCCGCUCCCUCUUCCACUGCUACAUCAAUGAGGAACAGGCCCAGGAGGGGUCGAGGCCUAGAGCUGGGGCACGAGUUGUGGGAGCACCCAGAGGAGGGCUUGUCCAGGGGCCGGGGCGAGGCAGGUCAGGCAGCCCAGAGGAGGGGGUGGUGGUGGGGAUGGAAGUAGGUGUCAACCGUGCCCUGCAAGGGGCUGCCAUGUUGGGGGGGAACCGGACUGACCACAGAGAGGCAAUGUCCCUGUCCCACUUCAACAUCCCUAACGUUGUGAACUCCGAGCACUGCUCCGUCCUGGGGGCGGACGAUCUGCUGCUGGGGGAGCCGCCAAUCAUCAUGGAGGGAGUGCGUCAUUGGCCUCACAGUGCACAUCACAUGAUGGACUAAGGUCCUCUCUACUUCCUGGGGUGCCGCCAAUCAUCCUGGAGGGGUAGUGUCGUUCCCAUGGGGUCCUUCACACGAUUGACUGGGGGAACCAGUCAGCAGGUAAGCAGGACCCUAGAGGGGCAGUGUCAUCGGCCACUUAGUGCCCUUCAGAAGACGGACUGUCCUUCCCAUCACACAAUAGACUAGGGUCCUGCUUACUUCCCACACCCACCUCCGUUAGGACAUUAUAGAUAAUUAUGAGGACAUCACAGGACUCCUCAGCCUUAUAUAGAGAGAGUUGUGUCAAGGUCCUAAUCUAACAUUCUGUGUUGUGCCAGUCAUGUACAGUGCAAGCUCUCCUAAUUAGGCUGUGGUUCCAGCUUCUCACACCACCUUCAUUGUGAGGACAUUCUGGAUUAUUAUGGAUCCUCCUACAGUAACUACCAAUAGAUUUAAAUAUACAUAUGUGACAUGAGCUACUUUUCUAAUCUUUAUGUCAACAAGGUUGCCUACGCAGAGCCAGAACUUGUGACGUCACAUCUCGACGCUAAACUGGAAGUCCAGCUUCAUCAAGUUGAUUUGAAUGUUUUUAUUUAUUUAACUAGGCAAGUCAGUUAAGAACAAAUUCUAAUUUACAAUGACGGCCUACCACAGCCAAAUCCUCCCCUAAACCGGACGAUGCUGGGCCAAUUGUGCGCCACCCUAUGGGACCCCCGAUAACGGCCUGUUGUGAUACAUCCCAGAAUCGAACCUGGGUCUGUAGUGAUGCUGCGCCACUCGGUCCCCCCGUAUAGUGGUGGAGGCCUUGCAGGAAUCAGUUAAGGGGAUGGAGACAACAGAAGAGGCAAGGAGAAUUUGAUACAACAACCAAAAUGUACCAGAAAGGCAAGACUCUUCUCUUGGGUUUUCAAUUCAACAGCCGUCUGAAUGUCGUGCUUGUUCUGUACUAAUUGUAGCACACCUGUUAAUCACGAGAACUGUUAUAUACCUUACUUUUUAUAUACCAUGUGUUGCUCCUGUCAAUGCUUUACCUACAUGUCAUAUCAAGGUCUCGUCUGCCAAGUCUAUAGAAGGUUGUGACUAAUAAAACCAUUUAAACGCCAGCUGAUUGUGUUCAUCAUAUAACCAUUUCAAAGUACCUUGGAACCACGAAAUAUAGUAAAGUUCUCUAAUUCUGAAGAUAACAAGUGAUGGAUUGUUUCACUAUUAUCGUUUUUACAGGAUUUUAAGACGUCCUCCAGCAAUUUGUUUUUAAUUUUCCCUUUUGAAAAGUGCUAUCCCAAGUAUAAAUACAGUAAAGUACACACUAAAAUACAUUGAGCAAAAUGCUGUUUUUUAGACAGUAGUAUUGCAUUCAAGGAGUUGGUUUGAUGUGAUGUCAUCAGCCUCCCCUUGCUUGAGAAAAAAUUGAGUAGCAAUAGAGAACAAAAGAGGAAAGGCCAAACCCCCCCAUUUGUGCUAUAUAAUGACUUACCUGGACCACCUAUUGAGAUGUGCCUUUUGUUAAGUAAAUGAGUUGAAAAGGAGACUUGAGUAGAACUUUAAAAUCCCUGCUGUGUUUGAUGCAGUUUCCUUUACAAUCGGGAAGAAUAAACCUAAUAUUAUUAUUGGGACACCUGGGCUGGCUUAACCGGAGACACCUGGGCUGGGUUUACCGGAGACACCUGGGAUGGGUUUACCGGAGACACCUGGGCUGGGUUUACCGGAGACACCUGGGCUGGGUUUACCGGAGACCCCUGGGCUGGGUUUACAGGAGACACCUGGGCUGGGUUUACAGGAGACACCUGGGCUGGGUUUACAGGAGACACCUGGGCUGCGUUUACAGGAGACAUCUGGGCUGGGUUUACAGGAGACACCUGGGCUGGGUUUACAGGAGACACCUGGGCUGGGUUUACAGGAGACACCUGGGCUGGGUUUACAGGAGACACCUGGGCUGGGUUUACAGGAGACACCUGGGCUGGGUUUACAGGAGACACCUGGGCUGGGUUUACAGAAGACACCUGGGCUGGGUUUACAGGAGACACCUGGGCUGGGUUUACCGGAGACACCUGGGCUGGGUUUACCGGAGACACCUGGGCUGGGUUUACCGGAGACACCUGGGCUGCGUUUACAGGAGACACCUGGGCUGGGUUUACCGGAGACACCUGGGCUGCGUUUACAGGAGACAUCUGGGCUGGGUUUACAGGAGACACCUGGGCUGGGUUUACAAAAUGCUUCACUGCCAUGAAUAACUACAGCCACUUAUUUCUUGUCAGAUGUUAUGCUAAUACGGCGGCAGGUAGCCUAGUGGUUAGAGAGUUGGGCCAGUAACCGAAAGGUUGCUGGAUCGAAUCCCCGAGCUGAGAAGGUAAAAAUCUGUCGUUCUGUCCCUGAACAAGGCAGUUAACCCAUUGUUCCCCGGUAGGCCGUCAUUGUAAAUAAGAAUUUUUUCUUACCCGACUUGCCUGGUUAAAUAAAAAAGUUAUACAUGUUAAUAAUACAUAUUUGAUGAUAUGCUAAUGUGUAGCAACAACCCACAACUGGGGUCAACAGCAACAAUCCUCUUGGGGAUAACAAUAGGCCAAUUUCAAAAUGUAUGAAUUUGAAUAAUUAGUUAGUCACCUUUGAGAUGUUUCAUCUGUGUGCUUUACUGAACACACGUUACAAAUUCAAAACACACACAGGAAAAAAAUAUACAAAAAGGUCCUUUAUUUUUCUAAC